GCCGGAGUGGAGCCGGGGGCCGAGCGGGGGAGAGGGCAGGAUGCUGGUUCCCUUGGUACUGUGUGCAACUCUCAUGAUAGGAAGUGGUGAAAUUCAAGGUGAUGAAUGGAUUGACCCCACAGAUAUGCUCAAUUAUGAUGCAGCUUCAGGAACAAUGAGAAGACCUGCCAAGGUUAAAAAAAGUGUCUGUGUCUCUGUAAAUUAUGAUGACUCUGAGAAUAGGGAGGCACCAGAUGCCGUUGUGAACUUGCCAAGCACUGCAGCAGUAUCAGAGUGCCAUAGGAAAUUAGAAUCCUUAAUUCAGAAGAUUGAAGAGUAUGAGAAGAAAGAGAAGACCAAGUUAAGUGAAAGCCAUAGCAUUCAUGUUUUUAGGAGAUACUUGAAUAAGAUUUUAAUUGAAGCUGGAAGACUUGGCCUUCCUGAUGAAAACAUUGGUGAUGUGCAUUAUGAUGCUGAGAUCAUCCUUACAAGUCAGGCACUUUUGGAGAUCAACAGAUUUCUCAAUGAGGAGGACUGGAAAUCAGGCGCUUUGGAUGAUGCAGUUAGUGAUAUUCUGAUUAAUUUUAAACAUCAUGAUUAUGAAGCUUGGAAAUGGAGGUUUGAGGACACUUUUGGAGUUGAUCCAUAUAAUUUGCUUAUGGUACUCUUGUGUUUGGUGUGCAUUACAGUAACUGUAGCUACUGAGCUAUGGACACACAUUGGUUGGUGUACUCAAGUAAAACGCAUUUUAUUCAUCAGUUUUCUCAUCAGUUGUGGAUGGAACUGGAUCUACUUAUAUAAGAUAGCCUUUGCACAGCAUCAAGCUGAAGUGGCCAAAAUGGGAAAUUAUGACACAGUAUGUGAUAAGAAGAUAGACUGGAGUGAGAGUCUUUUUGAAUGGUUUAGAAGUUCAUGGACAUUCCAGGAUGAUCCUUGUCAGAAGUACUAUGAAACAAUACUAGUAAAUCCCAUUUGGCUAGUCCCCCCAACAAAGGUAUUGGCUGUUACAUUUACCAAUUUUGUAACAGAACCAUUGAAACAUAUAGGGCAAGGAAUUGGUGAAUUUAUUAAAGCCCUUAUGAAGGAGAUACCAAUGAUGCUACAGAUUCCAGUGUUAAUCAUCCUAGCUGUGGCUGUUCUGGGUUUCUGCUAUGGUGCAGGAAGAUCAGUUGCUACACUAAUACAUUUAACAGGUCCUGAGCGGAAACCACCUCCUUCACUUCCUCCAAGUGACAGGCCACACUGGGAACAAAUAAAUUAUAGUGCAGGUGAUUCAGAUACCAAUUACAGAAGGAAUGUUGGUGCCCUCAGUGGAGGACCUCAUGACAGAGGAGAUGAUCACAUGAGACUUCAAAAUGGCACCAGAAGCUCUGAAGUUCUGCUGCCAGGUGGUACACCAAAUGCACGAAGAGAAGAGCAUCACAAGUGUGGAUUGCACCCUGUGUCUCAAGAUCAAACAAUUUUUAGAGUGAAAACCAAUGUAGAUCAAAACCGUGAUAGAGAGAUUGCACCUGAAGAGCAGAAACUGUGCACACUUGGAGUUGAACAAGAGUCUGAAAAGAAUUGUGAACCUCAAGCAAGUUGUAGCUUAAAAAAGGAGAAAACAAAUAAGCAAAACUCAACUGAUAAAACAGGAGAUCGUGAGAAGACGGAGAAGGGCAGCCUACCUCGAUUAAUGGAAGGCACAGAGGAAACUAAAGAAUCUUUGAACUCUACUGGUUUGUGCUAUGAUGCAGGAAAAUCGGUUGCUACAUUAAGAGAUUUUAAAAGUCCUGAGCAGGAACCAUCUCCUUCACUUCUUCCAAGUGACAGACAGCACUGGCAACAAAUAAAUUAUAGUGCAGGUGAUUCAGAUGCCAAUUACAGAGGGAAUGUUGGUCCCCUCAGUGGAGGACCUUAUGACAGAGGAGAUGCUCUCAGAGACAGCGAUGAUCACAUGCGACUUCAAAAUGGCUACAGAAGUCCUGAAGUUCUGCCGGCCGGUGAUAUACCAGAUGCACAAAGAGAAGAGCAUCACAAGGUAGCAUCCAGUAGAACAUUUGAUAAAGUCCUUUACAGGAGAUUACUAAGGCAACUUUGUCAUGGGAAGAUAACAAUGCUGAAAAUUAGCCUAUGUGGGGUGCAGCAAGGUUCUCGACUACUCUUUGUAUUUAACAUAUGGAAAAAGGGGGAACAAAGUCAGCAGCCUACUAUUGAAGAUCUUCCAGGAACCCCUUAGUUCCCUGGUUUUAUCUUCCUGAUGCAAUGGAACCCCAGUGUAGAUGAAAGUGCAGCAAUUAAAGAAAUUUAUCAAUGCCAGUUGGCAAGUGAGACACUAGCUAUGGCUUGCCCCUUAAUCAAGAAGACUGGAUUCCUAGCGAAUUCUCAUCCUUCAGAUUUUUGCUCCUUAUGGAUCAACACUAUCCCUCUGAAGCUGUUUAUAAAAGUCUUGUGAUGGAGAACUAGGUAAAUGUAUGUAUUUCAAAGUAAACCAAGC